CAUCAAUUGUCUGAGGAGAUAUUUGCAUGUAUCUCUCACAAGCUUAGUGUAUUGGUAUACAAAAGUUGGGAAACCCCUGGCUUUUUUCUAAGAGAUGAAUUAAUUGCAUUAAUAAAAAAAACAGAUGGAUUAAUUUUGUGCAAAGUUGUCGGCUGGCAAAAACAUCGUGGACCGUCCGAACCUCCACGCUAAGCUUGCUCAUUUAGCAGCCAUGGCAGUCGGCCACUGGAAGAGAGCGAUGAAGAUCGGACUCUCCUCCCUCUUCCGCCGCGGCUUCAACUCCUCCAAAUGCAAGACAAUGGCGAGGAUGACGACAGCAAGGAUAAAGCUUCUGAGGAACAAGAGGGAAGUGGUUGUGAGGCAGAUGAGGAGAGACAUAGCCAUGCUUCUCGAGUCCCGUCAGGAUGCCUCUGCUCGAAUCAGGGUUGAACAUGUAAUGAGAGAACAGAAUAUGUUGGCAGCAAAUGAAAUCAUUGAGCUCUUCUGUGAUCUUAUUGUGUCAAGGCUUGCUAUUAUUGCAAAGCAAAGAGAAUGUCCUGCAGAUCUGAAAGAGGGAAUAUCAAGUUUGAUAUUUGCAGCCCCCCGGUGCUCUGAGAUUCCUGAACUUGUGGGAAUUCGUGAUGUUUUUGAGAAAAAAUAUGGAAAGGAUUUUGUUUCUGAAGCUACUGAUCUGAGACCCAAUGCUGGCGUGAACCGUAUGCUGAUUGAGAAGCUGUCUGUAAAAACCCCAAGUGGUGAGGCGAAACUGAAAAUCUUGAAGGAAAUCGCGAAGGAGUACCAGGUGAAAUGGGACACGGCUGAGUCUGAGGUCGAGCUUCUCAAAGCACCCGAAGAGCGUAUAGAAGGACCAGCCACUUUUGUGAGUGCUACCAGCUUACCUAUUAAGCAACCAGUUCCCAACAGUCACACCCAUCUAAACACAAAUAAUGGGAAUUUUGAAGACAGUGCAUCAGCAGCUAAAGCGGCUGCUGAAUCUGCGCGGCAAGCUAUAGCUGCUGCUGAAGCAGCAGCUUACCUGGCCAACGAAAAGCUAAGAGCAUCCAAUGGUCGUGGGACGAAUUACCUCAAUACCCUUUCUGGAAUUCGCGAUAGCAAGUGUUUCCCAAAUGGGCUGCCACAAAGUCCUCAAACCUCUGGUGGGGACACAAAUGCUGCAAAAAUGACCCGCAGACAUAGCUGCAAUGUGCCUCCACGCGGUAGUUCAAAUAGCGUCAAGUAUGAUGAAUCUGACUGUGAUGAAGAGAUAGAGAUGGAAGAAGGCCAUAGAAAUCAUGAUGAUGGUGAUGACAUGCCUUGUAGUGAUUUUGAUUCCAGACACUUUUGUAGGAGGCACAGCUACAGUAGCUUGCCGGAGCAUCCUCCCGUGCUGCCUAGGGUUCAUCCCAAAUUGCCAGAUUAUGACGCGCUCACUGCUCGUUUUGAAUCACUCAAGAACCCAAAAUACUGAAAUCAGGAUUCAGCUCCUACUGUGCAGGUCUGCCUCACCAGUGAAAAUUCUUCAUCUCAAGUCACAGUUAUGUCAAAAUGGAAGGUCUCCAUGGAUAGUAGUUUUUGAUGUAUUUUCAAUCUAUACAUAUGUACUUUCUGCCAUUUAUUCUAUAGUAGAAUUGAAAGUGAAAGCCAGAUAAAGAGAAUUUCAAUAAUGAAGGGAAAUAAAAUUU